UUGUGCGAUUUAUUCAAACACACAACUUAAUGGUAUUAGUACGCAAUAACCAACACAUAGCAACUAUAGUCAGAAUGCUCAUGGCAUUGCCACAUCUACCACCAGAGAGAAUUGAAGAAUACCCUGAAAAUUUUCAUAUUCUUGAAGGGUUUUUGGAAGUACAGAGAUUAGCCAGGGACAUGAAUGUAGCUGAAAAUAUCUCUGAGCUUUUCAACUACUUCCAAAAUUAUUGGAUAAAUAUAAUUGGACCACAUGGCUUCUCUGUAUACGGUGUCAAUAUCAGAACCAACAAUUAUAUUGAAAGCUUCCAUAGUACAAUUCAAACAAUAAUUGGCAGACAUCCACCACUUUGGACCUUCUAUGAUCGAUUACGAUUGGUAGAAAGGAGAGUAAGGAGAGAAACGCAGCAGAUUAUAAAUGGCCAUCAGGUUCGGAGAGCAAUAUUGACCAGUCGAGACAGCAAUAACCAAUUAUUAAUAACUGCAUUUCAAAAUGUCAGGAAUGGUCGAUACGAUACUUCAGCAUUCCUUCGACGGGUUGCUCACUCUGCAAGAGGUUACUGGGACCAACAAAUUGGACCUUUACCAACUGAUGUGCAAUUAAAUGAUCAACCACCGAAUGCAUUGGUACUUAGACCUCUACAAACACCACAAUACUUACCAGGACGUAUAAGACGUGGUGCUGGAAGGGGCAGAGAUCAAGUCCGGGAACAACCUGCCGUUUGACCCCCCGUUUUAAAUAUUGCAAGAGGUCAGAGACGCCGAGGGCGUCCGAUUAGUAGUAGAAGGCAGCUUCCUCAUCGGAGAUUAAGUCAAGAUGCAAUGGAAGGUUUCUAUG